UUAUAUAAAACAAAAUUAAGAGGAAGAAAUCCCAUCCUAAUCUGGUUGCAAGAAAAGAAUAGCGGCAGCCCGGCAUCUAACGACACCAAUUGUCUGCCGUUUUCAAUUUCUUCUCAAAGAAGUUGUUGCACUUAGAAUUGAAGUCCCCAACUCUCGUGAGGAAAAAACAAAGAAAGAAGAGACUGUUUAAAAGCUCUCUUUGCAAAAUUCGAUGGGUAAAUUAAAGACCGAUUCUCCCCUCUCUCGUCGCAUUGUUCGCUCCUUCUUAGAUUUCAUCAGCUCCGUUGAACCUGCUCCAGGGGUUGAUCUUGAAGGCCUUGAAGUUGCCAGGGAAUGUUUGACAGAAGUGUUUAAACUUGACUCAGCUUCUAUAAAUGAUGUAAAACCUGAUGUAUUAGUUGACAUAUUCAGUUCAUUGGAAGCAUGUGAAGAUCAGAAAAUUAAAUCAGAUUCAAGUCACAGGGGAACUUCUGAGAGUGCUCCCGGUUCAUCAUCUUUCCAUGAUGUCAGAAGUGCUAAUUCCUUGGAGGCAUCAAAACCGGGGGAUAAUUGGACAAGAGAAGCUCAGUCUGCGGGGGUCUCUAAGGAUGAACUAUUUGGGCAAUUCUUUGCUGCACUAGAGAAAAUUCACUACUUUAGGGCCAUGCCUGAUGGGAAUGAUGAUCCUGCCCAACUGGAUAAAGCUACUCGUUUAUUUCAAGAUGCUCUAAAUGAGAUGGAAAGAUCUCAAUGUCAGGCAUUUGACCAUAAAAACCUGGCUGAGACAUUCAAAUGUCAAGGUAACAGGGCCAUGCAGUCAAAGCUGUACUCUGAUGCGAUAGAGCUGUAUUCUAUUGCUGUUUCUCUUUGCGAUGAUAAUGCAGUUUAUUAUUGUAAUAGGGCAGCUGCUUACACUCAAAUUCACAAUUAUAAUGAAGCCAUUAGAGACUGUCUUAAAUCCAUCGAAAUUGACCCCAAUUACAGCAAGGCAUACAGUCGUCUUGGCUUAGCAUAUUAUGCUCAAGGCAGCUAUGCUGAUGCGAUUGGGAAAGGAUUUAAGAAAGCCUUGCAAUUGGAUCCAAACAAUGAAUCUGUGAAAGAAAAUAUUCGGGUGGCCGAGCAGAAAUUGAAAGAUGAGCAGCAGAGUGCAGGACGGGAUCAGAGUGCUAGUUCAAGUCAAAACAAUCAGGGAUCUAGUAACCAGUCAACUGGGUCAAGGAGUCAUGGUGCAUCACCUCCAUUUACAAUGCCUUUUGACAGUAGUGCCCUUCCCACCGAUUUUGCGAGCGUGCUUAUGAAUAUGGCAGCGAGUGCAUAUCAGGGACAGCCGUCUCAAAACAGGCAGGGGGAAGACAUCAACAUGAGUGGAUCAGAAGAACCUGGAAUAAGACUAGGUGGGAACAUCAACUUGAAUUUUGGUGAUCAAAUGCAAAUGCAAAUGCAAAUACCAGAGGAGUUAACCGGAGCUUUCAGAUCUGUGAUGGACAUGUUCUCAGGUACAUCAUCACCUCAUGGAAACACUCAAGACACAAAUGGAAGAUCAGCUUCAAACUAAACGAUUGUACAAACAAACAUAUAUCACUGUCUUUAGUUUUAAUGGGUUAUGCUUUCAGUUUUAACCAUUCUCAUCGAGUUACGGACAAUAUCCUUAGUGUUGAGACAAAUAAAAUAACUGAGAUAUCCAA